UUCCACAGAAAUAAUAUGCUAAAAGUGCUUCCUUUAGUCAAUACGAAUGUAAACACAAUCCUUAAUAUAUUUACAAAUUAACACAAUACAAUUAAACAGUCAAACUGUGCGAUUUGGCUUUAGGUACAUUUUGUUUGAGAGAAGAGAGGAGAGGCGAAGCAGCAGUAAAACAGGCCAAAAUCCACAUGUCAAGGUGUGAGGCAGGUCAAGAGACUAGUUCCAUAAACUAAUUGUGGUUUAACCAAAUCAGAGAGUGUCGGACUAGGUUUUAAGUCUGGAUUUAGACAUUUCUACAGAGGUAGCCCCUCGAAUUUCUGUGGGUAGGUCAUUCCAGAGUAAUGGCGUCUGAAUCGGGAAUGCUCACGAACCUGCUCCUGGCUUCUCUCUAGCUCUCGGAGCCACCAAAAGACCAUCGUUGAAGUCUGACAUCGACUUGAUCCGAUGCCAUAUUCCCACCCUGAUAUUUCCCCAACUCGUCAGGUAGAGUUCUGACCCACUGCUGACGCUCCGGCGUGACGCUGGGUUUCCUGGCCAACUUGGCUAAUAGCAUUAGCCACCCCGCAUGGCUCUGUGUGUACGGGAAGAGGCUUUUACAGACAGCGCUGUAAUCCUCCACCUCCCCUCUUGCUCCUCCUCAGCGAUCCUUGUCUUUAUUGUCAGGAACUCUGUUAAGUCAUUAAAAGCACUCAAUCACUUACGAAGCGUUAAAGUCCUGCCAAAACAAAACAAGCAGAUGACUUACGGAGGCCUCAUUUGGACGGAUACUUGGCUGUAGGCAGCGAUGGGUGCUUUCCUGGACAAGCCGAAGACUGAGAAGCACAGCGCCCACGGCGACGGCAACGGCCUCCGCUACGGCCUGAGUUCCAUGCAGGGCUGGCGGGUGGAGAUGGAGGACGCCCACACGGCCGUGGUCGGCCUCCCCCACGGACUCAGCGACUGGUCCUUCUUCGCGGUUUACGACGGCCACGCCGGCUCCCGAGUGGCCAACUAUUGCUCGGGCCAUUUGCUGGAGCACAUCCUGUCCGGCGGCGCCGAGUUCGGGUCGGGACCCGGCUCCGUGGAGGGCGUGAAGGACGGUAUCCGCGCCGGCUUCCUGAAAAUCGACGAGUACAUGCGUAGCUUCUCUGACCUGCGGCAGGGCCUGGACCGCAGCGGCUCCACGGCGGUGUGCGUGCUCCUCAGCCCCAGCCACCUCUACUUCAUUAACUGCGGAGACUCGCGGGCCGUGCUGAGCCGAGACACCAAGGUGGGCUUCUCCACGCAGGACCACAAGCCCUGCAACCCCCGCGAGAAGGAGCGCAUCCAGAAGGCCGGCGGCUCGGUCAUGAUCCAGAGGGUAAACGGCUCUCUGGCCGUAUCCCGGGCCCUGGGGGACUACGACUACAAAUGCGUGGAUGGCAAAGGCCCCACGGAGCAGCUGGUGAGCCCCGAGCCCGAGGUGUGCGUGCUGGAGCGGGCCGCCGAAGGGGACGAGUUUGUGGUGCUGGCGUGCGACGGCAUCUGGGACGUCAUGUCCAACGAGGAGCUGUGCGAGUUUGUGCGCUCGCGACUUCUGGUCUGCGAGGACCUGGAGAAGGUGUGCAACUCGGUGGUGGACACCUGCCUGCACAAGGGGAGCAGAGACAACAUGAGCGUGGUCUUGGUGUGCUUACCUGGCGCUCCCAAAAUCUCCGAGGAUGCUGUAAAGAAAGAGGAGGAGUUAGACAAAUAUCUGGAGGCCCGCGUCGAGGAGCUCCUCGCCAACUGCGGCGAGGCCGGAACGCCCGACCUGGUGUCUGUGCUGAGGAGCAUCGCCACUGAGAACAUCCCCAACCUUCCGCUGGGUGGAGGCCUGGCUAGCAAACGCAGCGUGAUCGAGGCGGUGUACAACAAGCUGAACCCUCACAAAGAAGAAGAAGGAGCUUGUGCGGGGGGAGAGGAGGAGAGUGAGGAGGGAGAAGGCGGCGGCGGCGGCCCGGCGGCUCACCUGCUGGAGGCGCUGCGCCAGUUCCGCCUGCACCACCGGGACCAGUAUCGCGCCGUCCUGGAAGACUCCCUGGCCGCCUACCAGCUGCGUCCCGAGGGAGCGGGCCAGCGCGGGACGACCGACGAUGACGACCGGGAGCGAACCGCCUCCCCUCCCUCUCCCCCCUCGCCCCCGCCCUCACCCGCCGCCGCCGAGUCCGACGCCGGCCAGGACGCGCUCGCACCCGAGUCCGAUCCCGCCUUUUGACUCCCGUCUUGACCGCUCCUCAUCCUCUUCCUCCUCUUUUCCUCUGUCACUUUUUUUGUUACGCUCAAUCAGUAGUUAAAUAACAACGUCUGUCUGUCUGCUCAAGUUCUGCCUCUUGAGUUGCCACCUGGCGCCCAUGACAGCUUCCAGUUCUGCGCUUUCCCUCCUCCUCCUCCCCCCGUUCCCCCCUCCCUCGCUCGCUUGUCACCCAACCAGGCGGCCGUUUUGACACCCGACCGGCUAAAGCUAACCCUCAUAGACCUUUUCACCAUGAUGUCACACGUACUUCCGGGUUGGCAAAAGCGCCGAUGGCACCAUCAGUAAACAGACCCUUCCGUGUUAUCUGACCACUGAGGAAAUAGCUUGAUGGUGUGAAUGAUGAUUUUUAGCCCUCUUUUCUAUCACUGUGGUUUUAUUUACCACAUGUGGCACAGCAAUCAAAAAUGAAAAUCACUUGGAAGGGGGGUGAAACGCUGCCAAUAAUUUACAUUGCAACAGGUAAGUUGAUUCAGAAAUGGAUGUGAUGAAAAUUCAGAUCAUUGAGGGACUGGCUAAUAAAAUAAGGACCAACGGCACGGACGGGCUCUUUUGACGCUGAAAUGUAGCGCGCGCUAUCGAGGUGACAUUAACUAGAAGGCUAGCCAUAACAUUUUGCUAAACUACCAAAAAGACAACCCAGGCAAACAAAAAACAAAACAUUUUUAUACAUACCUGUGAUAAAAUGCCUUCGAGGUUUGGUUUGGUUUGCAGCGGCUACUGCGCCGCCAGGCCGUCUUUCUGUACAAGUAUUUACAACAGCCAUUGGAUUUAUCCUCCUCACCCACAGUUUCCACUGGAUUCAUUCUGCUUUUUUUUUCAGGGGAGACAAUUGAGGGGAAAAAACCUGAAACCUUUCGGGCAAUAUUUGAUGGCACAACGCCAAACAAAAGUUAUUGUAAUCGUUUGGAUUCAGGUUAGCAGUAAUCAUUCGCUUUUGUGCUGCCCAGAAGUACCCUGACGCUGAUUGUUAACAAACUCUCUGAAAAGGUCUGUAAGCAAGAGUGGCUACUUAUGCAAAUAGAACCUUGGCUUUAACAGUAUGGGAUUUUGCUGACACCCUACACCACCCUCUCCCGCACCUAACUCACAAUGGAAGGGGACAAGAACUGCCAUUCUGAACACACCCCAACAUUUUCUUUUCUCAGAAUACUCUUGCGUGCGUGCGUGCGUGCGUUGGUUUGCAAAGUUGCACCGUGUGUGUGUUGCUGAGCAGGCAACCAAUCAUUGCUGCUGAGAUUAUUCUUUUGUCAAAACGUUUUUUUAAAGUUAGUUUUAAACUGCAAACUGCCUGUGUGGGUGGGUUGGGGGUUGUCUACCCCCUGCCGCCUUCAUGUACAAAUGAGCGCCACCUUGAGGCUUCAGUGUUUAAAAACUCCAUCCGUGGGAAGGUUAGCACAGCAAGGUUUUUUGUUGUUGUUGUUGUUUUUUUGUUGUUUUUUUUGGGUUAACUGCUAGCGUUAAUUUAAGUGAGGCACACACUGAUUCAGGUCACGCAUGUAUCCAAGGCACUUAACAAUGUGUGUGUGUUUGUAUGUGUGAGCGUGGUUACAUGGGGCCAAAUCAGUCUCACAAGGUAAACUAAUAAAAAAUGAUUUCAGGUACAGCGCUGUCUUGUGUAAGUGUUUGUGAUGACUGCAAACUGUUCCCCAACCGUUAUCAUCUUCAACAUCAUCAUCAUCCGAUGUAUUCAUCUGCAGGCGUCAUACUUGACAAAUAACACAAGAUCAGUAUGAUUUGUUGCGGUUUGAAUGUGAUCCAGACACUGAAAUGUCAUUUUUCCACCUGUUUUAGGGAGCGGAGGGAAUUCUGUGAUGAUGUAGCACGGUGUGUAGUUGAACACCCGACACUGUUUAGAAAGCGAUUUACGUCACACCAACUGUCUGUCAAGUUCCAUAAGCUUUUAGUUCUUGGUGCAAUCGUAUAUGUUCAGCACUAUAAACCACCACCUCAAAGGUUCUUGGACCUCCCAAAUACAACUAAAACCGCUUCUUUUUAGCUGCAGUCCACUUUUGCCGGAUUCUGUGUAAAAUAAAAUAAAAUAAAAUAAAAUAAACGUGGAUGUCUUUUGACUCGGCUGGCCUGUUUUGUCGAAAACAAUUGUCCGCCAAAUGUGUUCAACAGAAAAAUGGUCAUAACCAUGUAGUAGAGAAUAGACCUGACAAGCAUUUAAGAGAAUGAGAGAUAUGAUUUGCUGCGCUAAGAAGUGUCUGCCUAUUUCUCCUUCGGCGAGGUCAUUUAUGCACGUGAACAGGCAGUUAUCAUCUGCCUUAUGCAAAAUACAAACAUUCCAAAUCAUUAUGCAUGUUAUAUUUCUCUCAUUUUCCUAAAUAGUUGAUACAAAUGACAGUCAGAAUUUUAAUUUGUUUUUUAAUUUAAACGUUUAGAUUUUUUUGUUUGUUUUGAACAAACCUCCAGAUAAGUUUUUUUUUUUUUUUAAAUCUAAAAAAAAAAAAAAAAAAGCUUCCAAAUGAUUACGCGCAAUGGAGUUUCAAGACUGUUGGCAGCUUUCCGUCCGCAUGCAUGACUCCGUCAGGCGGCACCUCCUUGCUGACGUCGCAGCUUUGUUGGCAUGUGGUGGCCUUCAGCCAACCGUCCACUACUCCUUCCAUCUGGGCCACCCAGGCUUGCACGCUGCUAGUCAACUAAUCAGUUCAACCCCAAGGGCGAAAGGCUAAAAAGGGGGAUAAAGGUCACGGCUAUGGCGCGGAUUUCGGUUAGGAGGAGACAUUUUAUACUAUAAUAUUCCUAUAAAAGACGCUGCAAUUGACUGUGUAAAAGCGAUAGAGAAGGUCUUUCUGCUUGAUAAUCUUCUGAGGAAAGGUGGCCCCGCCCGUACCUGUUUUUAAGUCUCAACAGGUGUCCUCGUGAUGCUCGGCGAGGUGAGUCACCGUCGCAGGUCGUGCGUCCCAAUUUCCGACUCUGAGGCGUUUCACCGCAACUCGGCAACGUUUAAAGCCGCCCUCGAAACUAACGCACAACCCCUCCCGUCUCUUUUACCCGCCCAGUGUGCCAGCGAACUGGAAGACCCCUGGUAGCCGUGGCGACCGUCCGCAUCCCCUCCACCCGGUGCUCGAUGGCAUCCGCCCCGUGGAGGAGCAGCAGGAGGAGGAGUCCCUCCAUGGCGCCAUGUUCUUUUUCCACUUCAAGGGGACUUUUGGUGUGUGUUGGAGUGUAUGCCGGAUGUGCGCGUGUGUGUUUGCUGCGGCGGGACGACGACACGUACACACAUGCAGACCGCUUCAAACUGGGAGGGAAAUUGUCAAGAGUUUUAUGAACUGAAGCAUUGUGAUGGCUGAGAGAAGAUGGUGGAUAAAGACUUUGUACGCAAUUCUGCUGGACUUUACGGGGGGGUUAUUUUCCCCCUUCAACGCCACACACACACACACACGACCACGUCCACCUGUGCACGUACUGUAUGUGUUGUGCCACCCUCACAGGCCGCACUGCAUGAGGACUAGACGUUCAAGUACAUGUCAUUGAUUGAUUGACACACACUCCCCCCCCCCCCAACCCCCCCAGCAGCUUCUCGAGUGAUUGGCUGAUCUCUUGUCUUUGUGUCAUCGUCACAGUGAUGAUAAACGGGCAAGAAGAAAAGGCAGGAUGGACAUAAUGGAUGUGGGUAAGAGUUGAAAGGGUGUUUUCGAGUAUAGUAUCACUGGUUGGACUUUGAUUGUUGGUGAGGGGGGUGUGGGACCCUGCCCACCCCCCUUUACUAGCACACCUGGAAGCACACAUGGCGGCAGGUUUUUUUUUUCCCUCCAAAAUUUAACAUUUUUUUUUUUUUUUUUUUUUGUUUGUUUAAAUGUUGUCCAUGAGGUUCCUUAGCUGCUCGCUUCGUAGAGUGAGUGACGUGGUCAUUUAAAAAAAAAUAUCCAGUAUGUUUCUGGUUCUCAUGUUUGUAUUGCUGUUGUUUGUUUGCACUCAACGUUUGAUUACAGAAAAAGCGUCUAUAUAUGAAAUAAAACGAGGGGGGAACCCCGCCACGGACAACUACCCGACGUCCUUUUCUGCUGCGGAAGGAAAUGCAGUGGGUGUUUUCAAAAUAAAAAAUGAGAGGUCAGUG